CUCUCUCUCCCACCUCCUUGGAUCCGCCUCGCUCUCCUCCUCCUCCUCCACGCGCGGGCGGCGGGGGGAACCCUAACGCGAACGGCGAUGGCGCUGCUCCCGCGGGCGGCGCGGGCGGCGCUGCUCUCGGCCCCUCGGGCUUACUCGGCAGCCGCGGCGGGGGCCGCCCCGGCGCGGUACACGGGGGCGCCGCCGCCGGCGCCCGAGUCGAAGGCGGCCGAGUUCGUGGUCUCCAAGGUGGACAACCUCAUGAACUGGGCGCGGAGGGGGUCGAUCUGGCCCAUGACGUUCGGGCUGGCCUGCUGCGCCGUCGAGAUGAUGCACGCCGGCGCGUCCCGCUACGACUUCGACCGCUUCGGCGUCAUCUUCCGCCCCUCCCCGCGCCAGUCCGACUGCAUGAUCGUCGCUGGGACGCUCACCAACAAGAUGGCUCCCGCGCUCCGCAAGGUUUAUGAUCAGAUGCCUGAGCCUCGAUGGGUUAUUUCUAUGGGCAGCUGCGCCAAUGGUGGUGGAUAUUACCAUUACUCCUACUCUGUUGUGCGCGGAUGCGACCGUAUUGUUCCUGUGGAUAUUUACGUCCCAGGAUGCCCUCCAACUGCUGAGGCUUUACUGUAUGGUGUCCUCCAGCUCCAAAAGAAGAUCAACAGGCGCAAGGAUUUCCUUCACUGGUGGACGAAGUGAAUCAUUUUUGUUGUUGCUCUUGGUUGUUUUACUUGUUUGGACCCAAAUUGUCGUCCUAAAUAAGACUGGCCUUGCGCUGGGAUCUGCAAAUUAUUUGUGCCUGGAAGGAUGAAUACCCAGGUCGUGUUGAUGCCAGUUCCACAUCAAUCGACUAGACCAGUGUUGGAACGGGUUUUUCUUUACAUUGUAACUCACCAUGUUAACUCCGAUUCUGCAACGGUUCAUCUCAAGCGCAAUUUGAGUGCUGUAUCUUUUCCCUUCA